GCCGCCUCUUGGGGAGACGCUCGCCAUGGAUACCUCCAGGGUCCUGCUCUCGGCCGUCUUCCUCAUCAGUUUCCUGUGGGAUCUGCCGGGUUUCCAGCAAGCUUCCAUCUCUUCCUCCUCGUCAUCCGCCGAGCUGGGCUCCGCCAAGGGAAUGCGAAGCCGCAAGGAAGGAAAGAUGCCGCGGGCGCCGAGAGAGAAGGCCACGGCCCGGACGCCCCUGGAUCGCCAGGAGCCCCAGCCGAGGCCGCAGGGGGAGCCCCAGAGGCGGCCGCCACAGCAGCCCGAGGUUCGGGAGCCUCUCGGCGGGGGCCCGCGCGUGGUGCCGCACGAGUACAUGCUGUCAAUCUACAGGACUUACGCCAUCGCCGAGAAGCUGGGCAUCAAUGCCAGCUUUUUCCAGUCUUCCAAGUCGGCUAAUACGAUCACUAGCUUUGUAGACAGGGGACUAGACGAUCUCUCGCACACUCCUCUCCGGAGACAGAAGUAUUUGUUUGAUGUGUCCACGCUCUCAGACAAAGAAGAGCUGGUGGGCGCGGAGCUGCGGCUGUUUCGCCAGGCGCCCGCUUCGCCCUGGGGGCCGCCGGCCGGGCCGCUCCGCUUGCAGCUCUUCGCCUGCCAGUCGCCCCUGCUGCUGGAAGCGCGGAGCCUGGACCCGCAGGGGGCGCCCCGGCCCGGCUGGGAAGUCUUCGACGUGUGGCGGGGCCUGCGCCCCCAGCCCUGGAAGCAGCUGUGCUUGGAGCUUCGGGCCGCGUGGGGCGGCGAGCCGGGCGCCGGGGAGGCCGAGGCGCGCGCGCCGGGGCCCCAGCAGCCGCCGCCCCCGGACCUGCGGAGUCUGGGCUUCGGCCGGAGGGUGCGGACCCCCCAGGAGCGCGCCUUGCUCGUCGUGUUCUCCAGGUCCCAGCGCAAGACCUUGUUCGCCGAGAUGCGUGAGCAGCUGGGCUCGGCGACCGAGGUGGUCGGCCCCGGCGCGGGCGCCGAGGGGUCGGGGCNCAUGGGAGCCACUAUCGUUAGGAAUGGCCAAUUGGAGGAGGAGUUACUGCUCCAGGGGCCACCAGCAUUGUCUGAAGUUUUGGAAUAUGUGAAUUAUGACUGCUGGAAUAAGGAACCUGAAAAAUGGUACAAUGAACCGUCUUUCUCACACCCCAUCUCAGCGCCCUCCGGGGAACGGGAGAGGUCGGUCCUUCCCCGGCACGUUCCCUCGCUGUUGACCAGAAGAGGGAGCAGCUUCCGCUGGAAGAUGAGGCGUAGACAGACACCCGUCGGAAUGGCCACCCAUCUCCCCAAAGCCUCGGACUUAAAAAAAUUUGUGGAGGGAACAGAGCUCGAUGUGAAGAAGGGGCGAGACCAGAGCCUGAGAGCGACUAUUUGGAAGCAGGGUUCAGUUUCCAGGAAGAAGUGUGGAGGGCUCUGUGGAUUCUCGCUCCGAGUGGGUUGGCCUCAGUGGACAGAUGAGAAAUACAAAGGCCAUGUUUUGGGGCCUGAAGGAGAUGUAGAGCAGGUGAAGCUUCGGGGCUGGAGAGGCAGUGAAGACCUCAUGUCUAGCGUGUGCCAGCAACCGCACCAGGCGUGA